AUGUCCACUUACAACUGGGCGAAGUAUGACCCGAAGUACUACCUGAACGGCGCGCUCUGCGGCGGGAUCUGCUGCUCCAUCACGCACGGCGCCCUCUGCCCCGUGGACGUGGUGAAGACCCGCAUCCAGCUGGACCCGGUGAAGUACCAGGGUGGGCUCCUGAGUGUCGGGCGCCAGGUUGUGGCCGAGGAGGGCGCGGGUGUGUUGUCCACUGGGCUUGGGCCCACGGCGGCCGGCUACUUCGUGCAGGGCUGGUUCAAGUUCGGUGGCAACGAGUUCUUCAAGAUCCAGUUCACGAAAUCCUUGGGAGACCAAAAGGCAUGGGACAUGAGGACUCCUAUCAUGUUGGGAGCCUCGGCCUGCGCGGAGUUCAUCGCUGACAUCUUCCUUUGCCCUUUGGAGGCUGCCCGCAUUCGACAGGUCUCCGACCCCACCUUCCCCAAGGGCACCUUCACGGCCAUGCAGGCACUGAUCCAGCGGGAGGGCAUCAUGGGCUGGUACGCAGGGCUUGUGCCGAUCCUCUUCAAGCAGAUCCCAUACACCAUGGCCAAGUUCGCAGUCCAGGGUACGGCGGAGAUCAGCAUCUACAACUCCUUGCCCACGAAGCGCGAGAACCUGAGCCGGGGCAGCAAGAUGGGCGUGUCCAUGACCUCCGGCUUCAUUGCGGGCGUCGCUGCGGCCAUCAUCUCCCACCCGGCCGACUCUUUGCUCUCCAAAAUCAACAAGAAGGGUGCCGGUGGCGAUGGCAGCAUGAUCUCCCGGCUCAUGAACAUCGCCAAGGAGACUGGCUUCGUGAAGCUCUGCACCACCGGCCUCGGCCCCAGGUGCGUGAUGAUUGGAACUCUCACGGCCGGCCAGUUCCUCAUCUUCGACUCCCUCAUGCCCAUCAUGGGCGUCGAGAAGUUCCACUUCCACGACCCCUCCAAGCCGCACUGA